CGUCUGUUAAAUUGGCAAACCUCAAAUCAUUCAUCUUUUACAGUUUUCUUCUCAUUCUCAUUCAUGUCAUUCAAUAAUGAUCAGUGACAAAAAUGGCGUAUGUGAAUGUUGCAGAAUGGAAACCUGAUCAAGUGACAGACUGGCUGAAAGGCCUAGACGCAGUGGUAGUGCCGCACAUCCACUCGUUCCAGAACAAGCAGAUCAACGGCCAACAGCUGCUGAACAUCAGUCCCGAUGACCUUGAGAUACUCGGUGUCUACAAGCUUGGCCACCAGGAACUCAUCCUCGAGGCUGUCGAACAUCUCAGGAAUUUCCAUUAUGAAUUGGACCGGGAGACACUGCAGCUGCUCGCACUGCGUGUCUCGUGCCUCGCGCACAGCCUCUACAACGAUCUGCGCCGCAAUCACUCCAACUCCCACCUCGUCUCCACGCAGACUCUCUCCGACGUCGCACACAUUGUCAUGGCUGUCAAACCACUCGUCUGCUGGCUCGAUAGACCACCGUUCAAUGGUCACCUGGAGUACAAACAGCUGAAGCCGGAACUGCUGGCAUGGAGCCUGGAGAUGGCAACGAGUGGGCAGCGAGACAGGUUCGCCGAGCAUCCUGUCGAGGAGAUCAGGAAUAGCUCGGCCAAGUUGGCUAAACUGGCCGACUCGCUCAUCCAGGACACCAAGGACCCCCUCCUGCUCCAACCCGCCUCCCUCGAUCUCGCCACCCUAAAGAAGAGGUCCUCCGACGACCUGGGAUUUUACAUAGUGCCUAGUUUCCAUGGAAUUCAUGAAAUUGGUGAGCUGAAAUUGAAUAGCGCUGCUCAUCAAUGUGGGAAAAUUGAACCAGGAGAUGAAAUAGUACAAAUUAAUUACCAGACUGUUGUUGGCUGGCAGGUGAAAUCAGUUAUGGCUCUGUUUGAAGAGUCGCCAACCGAGGUGCUACUGACGUUAAAGAAGCGGCCCCGCCACACUAAGGUGUACGGCCAGAUCUACAUGAAACCCUACAGACUGCCCAGCAAGAAAAAGACGCACCGAUCCUACACCAGGUGGCAUGACAACGUGCCUUCGCCAAGGCCUGAGCUGCUCACCAUUCCUGACUUUGAAAUGCCUAUACCAAAAUCGGUGGUGAGCGAGGCGAAGGUGACUGUGAACGAGACGGUGAUAACGGUGGGAGGAGGAGGAGGAGGCGGUGGCGUAGGAGGAGGUCGCCCCUCCUCCUCAGAGGAAGACGAGGAUGAGGAGGAGGAGGGAGAAGGUGGAUUGGGAGGGGGACAGGCGUCACCGACAAGUGCGCGCAUCUAUCUGCCGAAGCCUCGCAUCCCUGUGCAACGCAGGGCCACCAUCACCGGUGCUAGUCCCAUCAGCAAGACGGCGCCCAUUAAUCUGCAACAGUUUUGGCAAGAACUGAAGCUGGAACGUGAGUGGCGCGACGCGACGCAGCCGAGCAGAGAAAAGAGUGGCGUCGAUGAGAGUGGUGCGCAUGCGCCGUUGUCGCCUCGACGCAAAUACAGCAGCUUCGACAGCCUCAAGGCUAAACCGGACCUGGUCAGCUCGUGUCGUCCCGAAGCUGUCUUCCGGCGAAAACGGUCGACGGACAGUGUCUACGAUGACGUAUUCAGAACGGUCGAGAAUUCGCCCAGAAACAAAUCAACCGACAGUGACGAUGUGUUCAGAACCCCCGACAGCAAGAAAUCCAGCGAGAGUGAUGAUGUAUUCGACAGUAAAAAGCUGUUAGAGGAUGUCACCGAUGACGAUUAUCGACCCACUUCGCUUCGGGAGAAGAUAGAAAUGUUCUCAAAGGUCUCCGAAGUGUUUGUGGAGGCCGACAAAGCGAGAAGUUUGUCGGCUGGUGGCGAUAAGACUCCCAAACCAAAAGUGCCUGCAAGAACGUUCCGGCUUUCGCCCGAAAAGGUGGCGGUUGUGCCUCAGGUGACCGCCCGCACUGUCAAGCUGGACCAGGAAACGGACGAUGCCAAGAAAGAGAGAGGACGCCUCGACAAGAGUCACAGCACUCCCGCCUAUGAUUUCUCAGCUGACCAACAGGCUCGGCCGGUCACUGAAAUUGUGGGCAACCGGUUGUUUGUGCCUAAGCUGGUGAGGAGUGAUGCUGAGGCUCAAGACCCCGACGAACAGAAGGAAGACAACGUUGUCAUAACUAUCGAUCCUCCACCAAUAACCCUACCCGUAGCUCCCCUCCCCCCGGCCAGAACCCACAUCAAGGCUGUAGAAGAGAAACAGGUGCACGGACAAAUCGUGGAAACAAUCAACCAGCUGCAUCUGUUGAGGCUGCAUGACGAGGCCGAUGAAACAAGUCGACUGAAGGAGAAGGACUGUGACGAGGAUGACCUUGCCAAGACUGAACGAAUCGGCAAGCUCCUCGAAACAAUCAGCACCUCUCUGAUCGAGCACCGACUGAAAGAGGACCAAGGAGGUGCUGAUUUAUCAAAAACCAUAUCCCAGGUCUGUCGUGAUGAUUUGUAUGCGCCCUCACCCAGUGAACGUGUGAUACCAGUUCCACCGCGAAGGAUACUCCCCGAUGUAACAGUUACAACAGCCGACGAUCGGUCCAAUGAAAUAGUAACGGAUUACAGCAGCUCCACAAUGGAACGGUUGCCGAAGAGUAGCCACAGUUCGGAGACUGUAACGGAUUACAGCAGCUCCACAAUGGAACGGUUACCAAAGAGCAGUCACAGCUCUGAGACUGACACCGCUUCUCUGCCGCCGAAAAUGCCCGAACGGAAACCGGUGACUAAUAUCGAGUUUGCAGUAACUGCUCCGGCUACUUUUCCGCGACAUAAGACAGGUGACGGUCGUCGGCCGGCUGCUCCCCCUGAGCCUCCCCCGCGCCCAGCCCCCCCUCGGCCCACCUACCACCGCACAGUGACAGCUGCCGCUCGCUCCUCCGUCGCCACUCGCAGUCCCAAGGCCCUGCGCAAGAAGAAUCCUCUUCUCGCCAAAAUGAGAAAUGUGUCAGUGGCUGAUGUGUCUGUUGGCUGCGAGUGCCAGGGCUGGCUGCAGCAGCGGUGUCGCAAAGGCUCGGGUCAAUGGAACACCGGUUGGUUUGUCAUCAAGGGAACAACGUUCUAUGGAUUCAGGACCAAAGAGGCUCAAAAAGCGCACUGCCUUAUAUCUCUGCCUGGCUUCACCGUAUCGCAAGCCGAAGAAGUGAAAAGUAGGAAAUUCGCGCUGAAGGUCUACCACACUGGAACAAUAUUCUACUUUGCUGCUGAAAAUCAGGAUGAGCUAACCACCUGGCUUGACAGCUUCUCCAUGGCUACCGUUGCGUUGGAUGCUAAUAGCGAAUCUAUAUUGUUCAGUGAAUCGGAGGGUGAGAUGUCCACAGUGGAAGAGACUGAAACCGAGUCGUGUUUUCGUGGCCCGAAAAUGAAGAAGCUGGCAGGACUGCUCUCGGGCUCACCCAAUUCACCACAAACGUCGCGAUCGCAUCACAACCUCACUGAAAACAAUAGCAGCAAAAGUGAUGGCCAGAAGAAAUUCGGCUCGCUGAAGAAGCUGGGCCGCAGCAGUCGGGGUUCAGACACGGAGCAGCCGCAGUCGCAGCCGCAGGCGACCGACAACCUCAGCCUCGACCGCAAGUACCUGCGCUUCCUCGGCAAGGGUCAGGUGCGAAUGGUGCCCACCGCUCAGUUCCGCAGCUACCGUCGCGUGGCCCCUCCAGUGCCGCCCCCGCUCCACCCUCACCCCCAGUCAUCUGCGGCCUCCGCCGCUCCACCCCUCCACCAGAGUGCCGACAGUGUCCUGGCGCUCGAGUCAAGCAGCUCCACUCCAACGGAAGGCGUGACUCAGCCUGGCCAUAUAAUCACUGCAAGUCAGCACAGGCCGGCUGAUAUGGCUGAUUACAGAAUAGCUUCUCUAGCAAAAAACAGGUGGUGUUAUCCUGAUGAUUUUUAUCAACAACGGUCGGUAGUGCAGGAUCAUGACACCACAGGCUUCAUCACUCUGGAGGCGCUGAUGCUGGCUCGACAAGACGAGGAGAGAAGACAGGCGUCCCUGUUGACCCCGCUGCACAACAACAACAUCAACAAUGCUAACAACAACAGCAAUCGGUUGUUGUCGUCGCACCAUCAUCCCUUCCAUCACAACAAUCUACAGUCCACACCAAAUGCUGCAGCAUUGCAGCAGCAUAGAACGCCGCCAUCACAAGAGCACAACAACCAUAAUCAAAAUCAAAACCAUCAUAAUCAGCACACGGCCGCCAUUGUCAAUAACCAGACGAGGCGCUCGUUCAAAAACCACAAUCAAGUGAAAUUCUAUGCAAACAAUAAUAACGCACAGCCUUUGCUUAGUCCACGAUCAGCUUCAUCGCACCGUAGAGAAAACUCUUCAUCAAGCUCUACUGACGACAACAAAACAGGAAAGAAGAUGUCCUUCACCAAUUGUCUGUACAAACAUGCAGUGGAUACGUCAGCCAGAGAUUACCGAGAUGGAUCGCCGGAAAAAUUUUGGAUCGACUCUCUGCGUAGCUCGACCGACAGCAGAGGCAAGCAUCACCUCAAGAAAGCAGCUCUCUAUCAGCCUCCUCCUGUUGCUCCUCUUGAAAACAGUGGCUUGAGCGACCAGUCGUCACACAUGAGACUGGCGGCGUUUGAGAUGCUACUCGACCAGAACCAGGGGAGCUCCACGGGGGGCCGGAGGGGCUCGGGAGGGACCGCCAACACCCCCACCCCCGCUGCUCGGCUCAAGAGCCUCUUCACCGGCAAACCAAAUGAUCACAAGACUCUGCUAGGCUCACCAAGACUACACAAAGCAAUAUUUAGAAACUCAUCUCGGGGUGAUUCCGGAGGCGAAUCCCUCAACUCACCUCCUCUAUCGCCUCCUGAGGAGGAAGCUGACGUCAUCCCGUUGCAGAAGGAAGACCCAAGCAGCAGUCCCCCCACUCCGGACUAUCCAGGCUUGGAGUACCCUCCCGUGUUCGAGCCAGGCACCUACAGUCUGUCAGACGCAUCGACCAUCCUGAGGGGUCGAGGGGGUAAUCGUGACCCUCCCUCGAACAGAUGAUGUCGGCUGUGGCAUAGCAACUUAUAUCCCCGUCCCCUGCGCGAGGGACUCAUCUAGCUGUUCGUUGUAACUACAAAUUGUUAUUACUAGUAAUUAUUGUAACUUGUGACAAAAUGUAACUUGUAUGGUGGUUAUAAGCAGCGAACUGUAGUGAGAUUCAGGUUAUUAAGUCAGCAUCUGAUUAAUAUUGGUUUGCUAUCCCUGUCUGUCAUUAGACAUUGCAGAUAGCUCUAUCCUUUUCCAGUUCCACAUCAGUGUCAAAUUGUUUGUAAACUGUGUGGAAAUAUGAUGAUCUACCAAAAUAUUUCAUCUCAAUUAUGGUAAUUUGUUAUCAAAUCUUGGAAAAAUAUAAUUUCUUUACAAAUAAAAUAGGCCUAUAAUCUAAAAAGAUUUUAUUAACAUUGACAAGAAUCAACAAUUACAAACAGAUGAGAUUCACUGGGAUAACUUGAAUCAUAACUAUCUACUAUAGAUGGAAAAGGAAAAGCGGCAACACUGGCACAUUUAUGCUAUAAUUUGCACUGACUUUAUAUGGUGAAUCUCCCUCCAUGUCGCUUCUCACAGCCGCCACAUUCUAUGCAUGUUAAACUUUGUUGUUCCUAAUAGCUUUAAAACCAAAUUGUGUGUGUCUCAGUAUCCUACUAUUCUUAGCUCUACUUUGAUGAUUGAGAUGAUGGUGAUUAUCAUGAUAACUAUUCGUCGGACGAAGCAAUCAAAUAAUACAAUAGUUAUAUUGUUAUAGUUAAUUUAAUAUUGUUAUAUAGUCAAUUUAAUAAUACAAUCAAAUAAGAAGAAACAGGCCGUUGUCUAAAACUCCAAUUUGAGAAUUUUAUCUCAUACUGCCAAAAUAUUAGGUAAUAUACUAGUGUAUUUCUAGUGUAUGAUGACAUACAGUUCCGCUGCCACCUUGAAUAAAUAAAUGGUGGAUGCGCUCCUCACAAUUAUUGUUGAAUCCUUUUCUUAGGCAGUUUAAAUAUUCAACCUGGCUGAAGCGUGAAAAUAACAAGAUUUUGCUUUCUGGCUGCUGUUUAUGUUCCUGACAACUAAAU